CUAGUUUCUUAACAUCCUUUCAAAAAGCCCAGUUAUCCCCGGAUCUUCCUGGGAAAACAUACAAGCAACUUCCAAGAUAGCAGCAGAAUACAUCAUCAUACACACACACAUACACGAGAACGGACGAACGGCUCUGACGGCAGAAGCAGUAACAGCAACAACAUCACCAUGGCGGAGGCACCACCAAUGUCCCCACCACCCGUGCCCGUACCCGCAACCCCCACAGCCUUAGUACCCCUACAACCUACCACAUAUCGCGAGCGUCUGGCACAGUUCAAGAUUCUGGAGGAGAAGAGAUUCGAGUUGAUAGAGGAACUAUUGGAGAAGCUCGAGAAAGCCGAAGCCAAGCUCACGCAGACGGAACUCGACCUUCAGUCUGAGCAAAAUGUCCGUCGAACAUUGCAAGCCGAAGUCGUAGAAGCAAAGGAGAGGGAGACUGCUUUAGCUCAGAAGCAGGCAAGGAGGCCGUUUGUAUUGGUGUUGAUUGAUGCCGACGCCGAUGGAUUUCUAUUCCAAGAUAAAUACAUAACACGGAGAGCCCAAGGUGGAGAGCAACUAGCCGACGAGUUACUGAUCCGGAUCCGAGAGUAUCUUCGUCCGCAAUUUGAAGAUGCUGACAGCCUGGACAUCCUGGUCAGGGUCUAUGCCAACCUUGAAGGAAUGGCAAACUACCUAGUGAGGGAAGGAAAAGUGAGGAACCUCGGCCAGCUCCGUGCAUUCUCCACCGGAUUCUCAGGCAGGAUCCCCAGCUUCGACUGGAUCGACAUCGGUGUAGGAAAGGAGGGUGGUUCUGGAAGGAAGGUCAGAGAAAGCUUGUCAUUUUACACAUCAAGCACACACCUACGGCAUGUCGUCCUUGCAUGCUCACCUGCCGAACUACCUGCAUCUCUCCUUUCAACACUACCGUUGGAGAAGAUCACACUGCUCGAAACACUCCCCCUCCCAACCGCCCUCACCACUCUUCCCAUCCAAAUCACAAGGCUCCCAACCAUCUUCACGCCUCCGCCCCCCGCAAAAUCUCCUGUACCCAUCCGAGGCCGCUCCAAGGGAGCACAGCUCCAACUCAGCCAGCAAGAAGAUCCCGAUGGCGGCGCGACAUGGCUGGUCAUCAAGCCCGAGCGAAGCCGAUCGCAAGCCGGCGGCAUGCGUCGGGGAGGACGAAGCAACCACCACGGGUCUGAGGACGACGACUCAAGCCUGAGCAUCUCGAUCGGCCCCGACAACACGGUGAGCGUGGACAGCGGACGGAGGCGAAGGGUCAUGGGAUGAGAAGAAGAAGAGGAAGAAGUCUUCAACACGACAACGAUGACGAAGCAGACGCGGACGAAACCCACAACGAUCUUUGAAUGAACUCCUCCAUCAUAUUUUCCUUUGUCGCCACAGCAUCUUCAAGCGGAUUUUCAUAUUAAAAGGGGGAUAACCACGGGAGACAGCAAGCAUAUAUCCACAGGUGUAGGGGCAAAACAUCGGUUUCCUUUUUUUUUUCUUUCUUCUCCUUUAAAUACCAUUUGGCAUGUUUCGCAUCGAGCGAGCGAGCGAGCGAGCAAGCAACAUUGCAUCAUCAUGUAUUUUCCUUGCAAAGUAGUAGCAUAGCACCUUCCAGCGUUUUAGUCUUAGCAUCAUCAACAUUCCAUCUAUCCCAUCC